CGCUAGCUCACGAUACCAAACGAGAGGCGGUGAAAAAUUUCUGGUCUUCGCGACAUUCAUUGUCCGAGCGUGGAAGGCUAGACUGAAUCUCAACUAAGAUGUAGUGUCUUUUCAUUCUUAUCUUUUAUCGUCUUCUCCAUUCUCCAUGUCCUGCUCAUUCAUCUCCUCUUAAUCCCCACAGUCUCUUUCAUACCGUUCACUUCUCUGUCUCGUCGUUGUUUAGUGGGGCGACACAUGAGUGUCAGCUUCUCAGGCCCAUGCCUGCCGCCGUCAAGCAGCCUGCUACCUGUUCGACAACUCAUAUCAGCAUCUGAUGAGCAGCUCACAUCGGCACUUCGAAAGCUGCAAACGCUGUAUUGCCCUCUGCGCAUACCAGCUAGCUUACCAAAGCCAAGUUUGAAGCAGAAACAGAUCGCAGUUGCAUCGACGCCUAUCCCAGUCGACUCUGGCUACGCAUCAGAAAACGAAGAUGACGACGCAGCUUCCGAAGAAGUGUUAGCAGCUCUCCGCGCCGACUUCUUCGAGCGCACCUUUGCAACGCGGUGGCUCACCUCUCUACUUUCUCGUGUUGAAGAGAUAGACCUUUCUGAGGAAGCAAGGAGCCAGAUUGUAGACGAUGCAGCAUUCAUUCUGUCAUCACUCACUAAUUCUACCAACGAUGAGGAGGAGGAGGCCCUGACACGCAACUUUACGUUUCCGACCUCAUCGGGUAACUCGAUUUAUAUUACGCUGAACGAUGCGCCAUUGACAGGAACUGAUCAUACCGACGUAGGCCUGCAGUCUUGGGGCGCGAGUAUCGUGUUGAGUAGCAUGAUGUGCGCCGAUCCUCAGCGCUUCGAUCUCACCUCAAACAACCUGCCAAUACAACCGAAGAUUAUUGAGCUCGGUGCUGGCACUGGACUUGUAAGCUUGACGCUUGCCAAACUUCUUUCAGAGAUUGGGGUAGAAAGGGCAACUAUCAUAGCAACGGACUACCAUCAAGCGGUGUUGGAAAAUUGUAGAGUGAAUGUGGCGACGAACUUUCCUUCGCCAUCAAUCGACCGGUUGUCAGUGGAUAUGAUGAUUUUGGAUUGGUCCGCUCCUCCACCGGAUCUUCGAUCAACCGCCGACCUUCUCAUCGCAUCAGACGUCGUAUACGCACCUGAACACGCAGCCUGGCUGCGCGACUGUGCAGCACAUCUCCUCACACCUGGCGGUACGUUCUGGCUCAUGGUCACGGUACGCAAGACUGGAAAGUUUGAAAAUAUUCAACAGACUGUGGAGGCUGCGUUCAUGCCUGGGCUUUGCCCGGAGGAUGGGCAUGGGCGAAGGUUCAGGAUCUUGGAUAAGGGAAGCGUAGAGAAGAGGAGGGGUAUCGGAAGGGGGGACGAAAGUGGGUACAAUCUUUAUAGAAUCGGGUGGGCGUAGAAACUUUACUUUGCAAAAUAUACAACGGGUAGAAUUGGGUUUCGGUUGGUGUUGGUGAAUUUGGCGGGCGAGCAUUUUAGACAUCGAACAAGAGUGGAUCAUGACACUAGAAUGCAUUUGAUUCAUAUUUCACCCUCGUGUGUUGAAACAAAUACCGAAAGAAGUCAAGUAUGAGGCAUCUUUCUUUGUUGACAAUGUUGUCGACCAUCUAGCUGUGGUCAUGAACCGUCUCCAAUAUCGGUCUACUGUAUAUCAUUGUGUGUUGGCGCAUGUAGUUCGCCA